AUGGUGCGGCGAUCUGAGGAGGAACGCCAGGUGCUGGGCACGGCGGGCGGGCUGCUGGGGCUGGCCAGCGGAGACCGGAGUUCGAUCACCGCUCGCCUGGCCGAGUGCGGCCGCUUCGCCGGAGCUGCCGUCAACAUCGUCGCUAACAUCCUACUGAUCGCCACCACCGGCGUAGAGCUGUUCACCGACAGGUCGGAGGAAACAGAGAGGGCAUCCAUCACCGCGUUCCUCUUUUCCGUCUCCAUAAUCAAUCUGAUCAAGGCGUUGUCGCUGGUGCGGCAGCGGUGGCGCCUGCGGCGUCUCGUGGCCAGCCUGGUGGACAUCCGGAGGAGCUUCCAGGAAGAGGAGGGCACCCGCCGACGCUACGCCCGCCAGGCCGCCGUCUUCGGCUUCAUCUGGCUGGUACCGGCGGAGAUGCACUUGACAUUCUGGUGCCUGGACCCGCUGAUCAGCCACGCACUGAGCAGCGCAGAUGAAGAGCCCCAGCUGCCGCUUCCUGUGUGGUUGCCUUUCAACCAGAGCGAUCCAUCAAACUACGGGUUCCUCUGGACGCUGGAGUCCUCGAUGAUAGUAAGCGGCGUGCAGCUCUCUCUCUUCAUCGACGUCGUCUUCGUCACUCUCAUCAUAAGCGUCACGGCCGAGAUACACGUCCUCAACAGCAACAUUCAGAGUAUGAGAAAGGCAACUACCCAUGUAACUAGUCUACGGUCGAUGACCACUACAUCCACGUUCGCUAGAACGGCCCGAGAUACUGCAUCUAGCGACGAGUCGAUAAUCCUCCCAAAUUCUAUCACAACUAACAUUGGCUUGUUCAGUACUUCUAUAUCUGACUUCACUUCAAGAUACUCCAAACAAGGAAAAAGUGCUGAUGACGAAAUGUACAGGCUGUUAGUAAAGAGCAUCCAGCACCAUCAACUCAUUGUCGUGUGUGUGAGCGAGUUAGAAAAGGCAGUAAGCAUGGGAAUAUUUGCCGUUCUUUCUAUAAACAUUCUCAACUUAUGUUCGCAUGUCUUCUCACUAGUAGUUAUGCUGGAGACGGACACCAGUAUGUCCACUAAAAUCAAAAUGUUCCUCGCUGCUCCAGUCUUCAUGUGUCAGAGUGGUUUGUACUGCCUCACUGGACAGGCGAUUAUCGACCAGAGCGACCGUCUCGCCGACUCCGCCUACAGUUGCGGCUGGCCAGACGCCGACCAGCGUUUCAAGAGGUCCCUCCGGGUGUUGAUGACUCGCGCCGAGCAACCCCUCUGCAUCAAAGUGGGCAAGCUUGUCGAGCUCUCCAGGGCCACCUUCCAGGAGCUGCUGAAAGGAACGUACCAGCUGUUCAACUUGGUGUACCAGGUCCACACCAACUAG